AUGGGUUUGCGUGAACUCUUCUUCCCCGCGGCCCUUUGUAUAGGUGUUGUUAAUGCCCAGAACAUACCGUCUGGAGCAGUGUCUUCGCAUGUUGCUUCCUCUGGCUUCCCAACCUCAGUCUUCUCGUCUUAUUGGGUCAAGCCUGUCGCUACAGCAGAGCCACAGCCAGCUCUUUACGAUCCAGUGUUGAACAUCACCUUCCCUUUGAACCUGACUUCUCCUAACACAAUCCCGCAAGAAGACAGAGAUCCUGUUUUCUAUGCACCUCCAAUCGCCAACCUCACCUUGGCUGGCAAGCAAGCUGUACUCAAGAGCGUCAUCUCGCAGGUCGAGGAUAUUGUUAUUAGCGAUCAGUUCACCACCAACUGCUCAAAAUGUAUCGCUGGUUUGACAGUAGCGAAGACUGCGGCUCAACUGGCACCUGAGCUGGUUCCUGAUGCUAUGGUAUCACUUUGCAAGCAGUUCAAACUCCACAACAACGAGACCUGCGAGGAAGACUUUGAAGCCUCUACCUUCGGUGCCAUCUGGACGCAAAUUCUAGCCUUGGCCGAUGUUUCUGGCCUGGACGGACAGUACAUCUGCAACAGGAUUUCCAGCAACUUCUGCUCUAUGCCAAAGACCAGUCCGUUGAACACCACUGGACUCUUCCCCAAGCCAAAGCCGACCAACUACACUAUCCUCAAGGCUAGUGGUAAUCGCAUCAAGGUACUUCACAUGUCUGAUAUCCAUUUGGAUCCUCGUUACGCUGUCGGAAGUGAAGCCAACUGUACAUCUGGGCUCUGUUGCCGCGCCAACAACUUCAACACUGCACUUCCUUCUGGUGAAAUCUCACUUCCCGCGCCCUACUAUGGUGACUUCCAAUGUGACAGCCCUUAUGGUUUGGUACUUGCAGCCCUGGACUCCAUUGGUCCUCUCACCGGUACCUGCGAACAAAACCCGUUCGGGUUCAGCAUCUACACUGGUGAUCUGGUCAGUCAUGAAAGCCAAAAUGAACUCUCCAGAGAAUAUGUCGAGUAUGCAGAGCUGUCAGUCUACGACAUGCUCAAGAAGUUUAUGGGCAAAGCACCCGUCUACGCUGUCCUCGGAAACCACGACACCAACCCUGAAGCCAUCGAUGCACCUCACAGUCUUCCGGGAGACCUCGGCAUGCAGAUGUCAUGGAACUUCGAUCACGUUGCCGGACUCUGGCAUGAAGAAGGAUGGCUCAACGCAACUGCUGCAAAGCAAGCUCGCUUGCACUACGGCGCUUACUCCGUCAAAACACCCCAAGGCCUGCGUAUCAUCACCUUCAACACCGAUUUCUGGUACAAGUCCAACUUCUUGAACUUAAUCGACACCCAAAAUCCAGACAAGUCCGGUGUUUUCGCCUGGAUGAUCCAGGAGCUCCAAGCCGCCGAAGACGCUGGCGAGCGCGUGUGGAUCUUGGGGCAUGUGCUCAGUGGAUUUGACGGCACGAACCCGAUGCCCAACCCCACCAACCUUUUCUACCAAAUCAUCGACCGCUACUCUCCGCAUGUAAUCGCCAACGUGUUUUUCGGACACACGCACGAGGAUUUUGCUUACGUGUGGUAUGCCAACAACGGAACCAACCAGUCUUCUGGUAACGCCUUGACGACCGCGUGGGUAGGCCCCAGCAUCACUCCCCUGACCAACGUCAACUCCGCUUUCCGCAGCUACUCCGUCGAUACCGGUGACUGGAACGUCUAUGAAGCGUAUACUUAUUACUCCGACGUCGAGACCUUCUCUGGUCUCAAUACCACUGGCCCGACCUUCAAAUUCGAAUACAACACCAGGGAUGCUUAUGGUCCCAGUAUCAAUUGGCCUGCUGAGGCCCCUUUGAAUGCUACAUUCUGGCACGAGGUCUCUGAGCAGAUUGCGAAGAACACGACACUGGCCAGUGUUUUCAACACAUAUCAAGGAAAGAGCAGUGUGAUGAGUCCCAACUGUACCAACAUUGCUUGUGCGCAGGCCAAAGCAUGCUAUAUGCGUAGUGGUAGUGUGGCGCUGGGAUCAAAGUGUCCCCAAGGAUACGGUAGUGUGCAGAGUGCCUUCAAGCCAACCUCUUGA